AUGGAAGAAAGCUCCAGUUCUCCUGUUUCCCCUGUGGAUAGCUUGGGGACCAGUGAAGAGGAGCUGGAAAGGCAGCCAAAGAGAUUUGGCAGGAAGAGAAGAUACAGUAAGAAGUCCAGCGAAGAUGGCAGCCCCAACCCAGGGAAGAGGGGGAAAAAGUCCAGUCCCAGCUCCCAAUCUUAUGAAGAACUACAGAGCCAGAGGAUCCUGGCCAAUGUCAGAGAGAGACAGAGGACUCAGUCGCUCAAUGAAGCUUUUGCUGCCUUGAGGAAAAUCAUCCCCACUUUGCCCUCUGACAAACUCAGUAAAAUCCAGACCCUCAAGCUGGCGGCACGGUAUAUAGACUUCCUCUACCAGGUGCUACAGAGCGACGAGAUGGACAGUAAGAUGACGAGCUGCAGUUACGUGGCUCACGAGAGGCUGAGUUAUGCCUUCUCUGUAUGGAGGAUGGAGGGAGCGUGGUCCAUGUCGGCCUCCCACUAG